CCUCUUUCUCUGUUGCUUCUUUUUCUAUUUUUGUUUUUAUCAAAAGAAAAACGCGAAUUUUUGGUGAAAUUGCAAAAAGCCAAAAGCCUCCACCGACGCUGUCGUCGUGACACUUCCUGAUUCUCAGAUCGAAUCUGGUUUUGGGGUCCUGUGCGGUGGAAUCAUCAUAGCAAUUGAAUGGGUCAAUAUUAGGCAGUAAGCUUGAAAGUCAUGACCCUCUGGAGAAUGCAAAGUGGUGAUGAUUGCUCUUUGGAGACGGUCAUGCAAUUCUAAUGAGAACCUGGGAGUUUAGUUUUAGUGAAAAAGCUGAGUAUAUUACCUAUGGCUAUGGGUUUGAACUACUUGGGGAUAUCAGCAAUUUCUACAGCUUUAAGCUUUUCUGGUCUUCAGUUAUGGACAGAAAUUUCGCUAGAUAAACUCUGGACUGAGGGGUUGAUUACUGAGAAUUUUUUUAAUACAGAGAAUGCUAGCCGCGCCUUUGAUGUGCUUUUUGGUUCUUAUGCUGCUGCUGCAAUUCUAGUGAAUUUUGUUCUCAAUGUAUUUGUUCUACUCAUCCUUUCUCUGAAGACUAUAUUUUUCUCUGAGUUGUAUCCGUCUGAAACAAGGAAGUUGUUGGAACGUCUUAUCAACUAUGUUAUCUAUAAGGGUAAAAUUUGGUGGUUCAGUAGGAAGGUGCAGCAAGAUUGGCAUAGAAGAGUAGACGUGUUUAUGCAAGAUUGCAAGAACAGGACUUCUGGGUAAUCUUUUAUAAUUUUGGCCACCAUUGGAGUUGCAUGAGUAUUGAGUUAUUGGGUGUUUUUUUUAGUAUGGCAUUUCUUUUGCCUUCGUUACCACACAUGCAAAAGGUUUCUUCAAUUUUGGGAUUUCAGAUAGCUGCUUUGUGAGUUGGUGGUAUGGAUGUCAUGAUGGAGGCGUGGGAUUAAGAUUUUAUUUACUGGGGGCAAUCUAUUAAAGGAAAAUAUUUUAG